AUGGACUGGUUUCUGGCGGGCGAAGUUAUUGGGCGGAAGAUCUUCCAGGGCCUCUCUCUGGCCCUCGGCGGCCUCGUCGGGGCCGCCAAGGAAAGCUGCAUGAGCUGCGCACACAACUUCGAGGAACCCGAAUUCCACAACGCGCCUCAGCCGAACGCCACCAACGGCAAAGGACGACUCAUCGGCUUCUAUGUGCCCGGGGACAUACCCAUUUCGUACUUUGAUGGGAACCGUCUCGCCGCCAUCAAGCAGUAA